AUGCGAGUUCCCAAGCUGCUGGACCUCGAUGUGCUUGACUCCAGACUGCCCUCCCUUCUGGCGCAGGCCUUAGCCUGCGUGGCCGCGCUCUUCAGCGCCUUGACGGCCAUCGUCGUGAGCUCGCCCGGGCUGGCGCCCAUGGCAGCCCUCUUGGCCUUGCUGAUGUGGCUCUUGGCAAAGUCCUACAGCCCCGUGGCCGCCGAUGCGGCGAGGAUGGUCUCCGUGCUCAAUGGCCCCGUAGUCGCUCACCUACUGGAGUGUGUGGAGAGUCGGGAGUACCUGCGCACCUUCGGGCAGCAGCCCCGGGCCGUGGCCCACGCGCUCUGCGUCUUGGAGGCCAGCGCCCGGGCGCAGAUCCUGAACAUGGGCUUGCAGAGAUGGUUCGCCUUACAGCUCGAGCUCAUCGGCGGGGCCAUGCUGCUGUGUGUGGCCGUGACGAUCGUCUUGCAGACGGAUGCUCACCUGGGCAUGUCGGGUCUUUCCCUCACUUAUGCUCUGACCCUGACGGCCCUGGCCAAGUACCUGGUGAACUACAGCACGCGAUCUUCCGCUCAGAUGGCCUCAGUGGAGCGCCUCUUGGCGCUUUCCGGGCUUCCCUCUGAGGAGGAGGUCCACAGCAAGGUAGAGCAGCCAGACCACGAGACAGGCACGGGAGACCUGGCGUGA